AUGGCGCCCACCUACACAAUGUCCGCACACCUGUGCAAGGAGAUCUACAAGUCCUGGCAAGUCGGCCGCCAGACCUCCCCAGAGCCCCUGAGCCGCACCGGGCCCUACGCGACACCAAACAACAUCAACAACCGCUCGCCGUCUCCCGAGAAGCGCUCCAUGGACAGCGACCGCAGCCUCAUGACGGACAGAAUUGCCAAACACCAGCAAGCAUCACGUCGUUAA